CCCAGGAACAGCAGUCUCUGCCCACCUGGCCCCGCCCGCCAGACUGAGGCUCGCUUCACCUGUGACAUGAGCGCCCCCCAGCUCACUAGGCCAUAGGCCCAGGCAGUGCUCCCUGAUGGGGCGUUUAUAAUCUGCUCAGCGUGCAGGCCGAGGCAGAAGGGUGAUGGAAGCUGGGCAGGCUCCAAGAGGAGGGAGUUUUGAUAUGUCCCUGAAAGAUUUAUUUAGAACAGUCAGCUAAGGAGGACAUGAUUUGGGGGCCAAGGAAUCUGGUGAAUUCAGAACACAACCAGAGGCCUGCAGGGUCAGGGAUGGAGGGGUAGGCUUUCCCCUGGCCAGGGCCCCACUCCUCUUCCUGCUUUUCUUGCAGGUGCCACUGGGAGGUGCUAUGGCUGUGCCUCCCCUGGGCUCUGGAGCACAUCCGGUCGCAGUGGGCAGAACUGUGGAGGCGGGCCCCUCUUCUGCCAGGCCUGGCAGCCCCCUCCUAGGGCCUUGUUUGGCUAGGGGUGGUGCCGGGUGUGGCAGUGUGUGUGUAGCAGAAAGCGUUAGGUCUUCCCUACCAGGUUCCCUUGCAGGGGAGUGCCACAGCAGGCAGUCCAGGGAUCCCACUGUUAGCCUCACCUUUUUUAACCUCCUGUCUCUCCCCAAGAUCCCUGAAGCCAGGUACAAGCAAGAUGAGAGCCGGUUAUCUCCAUGGAGUGACAGAGGCUGGUCUGUUUUCCAGGCUGGUAAGGACUGUUUGUAAAGGGAGGAAGGGAUGAUACCAGCCUCCUGAGCCUCCUGCUCCUUCGUUAGUGUCUCAGGCCCUGCCAGGCCUUAGAGACCCUCUUAUUGACACUGCCCACUGGAUGGGGACUGGAGUUGGACUCAGCUUCUGCUGAACCCUCAAAUCCCAGCCCCAACUAAAGCAUAUAACUCAAGACCUACCUGAACUGAAAGCUCUUCUCAACCUGAACAGGGUGUUACAAUUGAAAGGGUGGGUCUGACCCUCUCCUGCACCCACAGGGGUCAGCAGAGAUGCACAGGAUCCGCCAUUCACCAUUCACCAUGUGGCCUUGAGGAAGACGCACUCGGGGCCUCAGUUUCCUCAUCUGUAAAAUGGGGAUGUAAUUACACCCUCACAAUGUAGCUGUGAGUAUUCAGUGAGAGCACUGCAAAGGGCCUGGUGUGGAGUAGGUCCUCAGGAAAGCUAUGUCCCAUCAGAGCUAAAAGCCCCAGGAGGAGAGGGUGGCUGGUUUGUCCCCACAAACCCCUGGGAUUCCCGGCUCCCCAGCCCCUUGCCCCUCUCUCCAGCCAGACUCUAUUGAACUCCCCCUCUUCUCAAACUUGGGGCCAGGGAACAGUGAAGUAGGAGCAGCCAUAAGUCCGGGCAGGGUCCUGUCCAUAAAAGGCUUUUCCCGGGCCGGCUCCUCGCCGGCAGCGUGCCCCGCCCCGGCCCGCUCCAUCUCCAAAGCAUGCAGAGAAUGUCUCGGCAGCCCCGGUAGACUGCUCCAACUUGGUGUGUUUCCCCAAAUAUGGAGCCUGUGUGGAGUCACUGGGGGAGCUGGGGGUGGGGAGCGGAGCUGGCUUCCUCCAGCAGGGAGGGGGCCGAGGAGCGAGCCAGCGGGGGAGGCUGACAUCACCACGGCGGCAGCCCUUUAAACCCCUCACCCAGCCAGCGCCCCAUCCUGUCUGUCCAAGCCCAGACACAAGUCUUCACUCCUUCCUGCGAGCCCUGAGGAAGCCUUCUUUCCCCAAACAUGGCCAACAAGGGUCCUUCCUAUGGCAUGAGCCGCGAAGUGCAGUCCAAAAUCGAGAAGAAGUAUGAUGAGGAGCUGGAGGAGCGGCUGGUGGAGUGGAUCAUUGUGCAGUGUGGCCCUGAUGUGGGCCGCCCAGACCGUGGGCGCUUGGGCUUCCAGGUCUGGCUGAAGAAUGGCGUGAUUCUGAGCAAGCUGGUGAACAGCCUGUACCCUGAUGGCUCCAAGCCGGUGAAGGUGCCCGAGAACCCGCCGUCCAUGGUCUUCAAGCAGAUGGAGCAGGUGGCUCAGUUCCUGAAGGCGGCUGAGGACUAUGGGGUCAUCAAGACUGACAUGUUCCAGACUGUUGACCUCUUUGAAGGCAAAGACAUGGCAGCAGUGCAGAGGACCCUGAUGGCUUUGGGCAGCUUGGCAGUGACCAAGAAUGAUGGGCACUACCGUGGAGAUCCCAACUGGUUUAUGAAGAAAGCGCAGGAGCAUAAGAGGGAAUUCACGGAGAGCCAGCUGCAGGAGGGAAAGCAUGUCAUUGGCCUUCAGAUGGGCAGCAACAGAGGGGCCUCCCAGGCCGGCAUGACAGGCUACGGACGACCUCGGCAGAUCAUCAGUUAGAGCGGAGAGGGCUAGCCCUGAGCCCUGCCCUCCCCCAGCUCCUUGGCUGCAGCCAUCCCGCUUAGCCUGCCUCACCCACACCCAUGUGGUACCUUCAGCCCUGGCCAAGCUUUGAGGUUCUGUCACUGAGCAAUGGUAACUGCACAUGGGCAGCUCCUCCCUGUGCCUCCAGCCUCAGCCCAACUUCUUACCCAAAAGCAUCACUGCCUUGGCCCCUCCCUCCCGGCUGCCCCCAUCACCUCUACUGUCUCCUCCCUGGGCUAAGCAGGGGAGAAGCGGGCUGGGGGUAGCCUGGAUGUGGGCCAAGUCCACUGUCCUCCUUGGCGGCAAAAGCCCAUUGAAGAACCAGCCCAGCCUGCCCCCUAUCUUGUCCUGGAAUAUUUUUGGGGUUGGAACUCAAAAAAAAAAAAAAAAAAAAAAAUACAUCAAUCUUUUCUCAGGCCUGGCUGGCAGAGUUUGAUUUGCCCUGGUCACUUUUGUUAUGGUUUCAGAUCUGCACGGGGGACAGGCAGGCAUCUCGGGCUUAUAUGUGUUCCUGGCUGCCGUCCUCCGAAGGACCCUUCACGUGCCAAGAUUCCGGGACGGUCAGAUUCUUUCAGAGGAAACAGGCCAUAGAACAGGAGAGUGAAUCCUGGGGACUGAAGGGAAAAAGGAGCCACUCAGCAGCGUGCAGUGGCUUUGGGGAGACAGAGGAAAGGAGAGAUUGCGAGUGGCAGAAUUGUUUGGAAGGUUUUUAUUUUGGAAAAGCUGUGCAGAAAAAAAUUCAAGAAAAUGUUGCUGUGAAAAGAGAAAAACAAAUCUUAAGCAUUAAAAAAAAUUCAACCAACUAGCUCAGAAGAGGGGAGAAGGCCAAGGUGAGAGAAGAGUCACAGCCUGUGAGGCAGAUAGCUGGCCUCCGGCGGGAAGGCCAUUCCCUGAGCACUUGCAGAGGAAGACAGGGUGUUGGCAGGAUUGGAGUGCAGUGGCUCCCAAGGCUCUCUCCUCCAACAUGGGCAUCUGCCAUCUGCUCUGCAGUCCUGCCGCAGGAUUCCCUAGUGAAGCAGCUCAGGCCUGGGGGAGCCGUGUGUAUCCCAGCUGUGCCGGCAGCAUCAUACCAAUUGUGGGGGUGGUGGUGAAGGAGCCAGGGGUUCAUUCAUGAUUGGCUUCUGAUCAGGCAUCUUGGGAAUGGGUAAUGGAGGCAGCCGCUUUCAGGACAGACAUGUCCAGGGGCUCCUCCCAGCCUCUACCCCGAAGUCCUCUUCCCAAGUGGCCCCAGUGAUGUUUCCAUUGAGAUGCGCUCCUGGCUAUGGCAGGCACCUUCUCAACCCCCAUGCUUGGGGGACCUAGGCAGCCGGCUUGGCCCAAGAGAGAUGAGGAUGGAGGCCAACCCAAAGGGGGGCGCCAAUCCCCUGUCCAACACCUUCUCACCAAAAGCUCCCGUUUGGCUGGAGGCAGACCCUGUGGCUCUGACCAGAUUUCUCUGGCACCGAUCCUCUGCCAUUUGUAUCUUAAGAAGGCCCUCACCCUCUUUGAGUGGAGUCAGAGGAUGCCUCAGAUUCCAGAUGUAAGCAUCAGAACUGCUUUCUGUCAAGAGCUCCCUAAUUUUGGGAAAGAAGAGCCUGUCCCACACUGUCAGGCCCUGAGGUCAGCAGAUCUGCUCCUCCUUCCCGUGCAGUAGGUCUAGGUGCUGAUGAGGGCAGUCCAGGGCGCUCUUGUUCUGGGACAGGCUCCAGUCCCUUUGCUCCAGCAGGUCUGGGGCAAGGAGGUCAGAGGUGGUGGGAGGGCCCCUGUUCUCUGUUUCCACUUCAUCUGGAUCCUUGCUGCUGCAAAGUGGCACUGAUUCUAGCUCUGUCCCUUCCUCCUUGGCUUUCCGGCUCCGAUGGGGCCAGUGGCAGGGUCCACUCCUACAAACUUGAUUGGAAGCCACAUUCCUCUGACUCAAAUAUACUUCCAGCAUGUAGUAAACGGUCCAGAAGACGGUGAAACAGCCUACCAGCACCAGGGUCUGGGGCCGAGGCAAACACCUAAGUGAGGCACUGUUUCCCGAAGCCUACAGCCUUUCUCAGCCCAGGACAAUGAGCUCAGAAAGUCUUUUUCCUUCUAUCGACUGCCUUUUCACCCAAACUAUUCCCCCGCCCCGUUCCCCGACAAGGCCUGUCCUGUAAGAGUUAGGCUAGCAGGGUAGGAGCAAUGCUAUGAAACCACUGCUGGGACCCAGGUCUUCCCAGUCCUUCACUCUGCAGGUCACCGUGAGAAGCACACUAAGAACUCCAUCCCCCAGACAGGACAGUCCCAUCUACCCGCAGCUUGAAUCUUGACCCUAGUACCUUGAGAGUGUUGGGGGUGAUGGUGUAACCAUCUUCCUCAGGAAUUUUCAGCCCCGGUGGGCAGGGCAGGGCGAAGUCAUCAUGCAGGUAUUUUCCACUCAUGGCACUCUCUAACAGCCUGUGGAGAAGAAAAGGGGUAAGGAUGCCCCACUGACUGUGGUGCCUAUACCAUCUGCCCUCACCCAUCUUCCCACCUUACAGCUGAAGACAGGGAAGCCCCACAGCAAAAAGAAGAGGCCCAGACUGUGAGUUCCCAGCCCGGGGCUCCAUCUACCAGCUUGAGGCUGGAGCUGGGAAACACAGCUGGGGUUCAGAGGGCGAUGGGCUCCCUAGAUGGCCCUUCCCCUGUGAGUGGCCUUCCCUCUGACACAUGCGGCUUUACCCACCUUUGUCUGUCCCUGAUGUCUACUGGACUCCACACAGAGCCAUAUAGGGUCAGCUGCCAUUGCCGGAGGAUGCCGACCUGGAAUGACUCAUCCCCUAGGGCAGCAAGGGGCAGCUCGUGAGCCACGCCCCUCUGUCAGCCAUGCCAAACAGCAGAGGCCCUGCCCCCCCUGCCACCCAAAGGGGCUCAGGCCACAUGGUCUGCUCUAGCAGCUGCCUCACUGUGUCCCACUGACCCCAGGUUCUGCAGAAGGGCCUCGCUGGGUGCCCUUAGGGAUGGAAAGGGUUGAAAGGCUGUAUUCCAAAGCAGAGUCUUGCUUUUCUCUCCCAUAUUUUGGGGGUUCCGCUGGGAUUGGAAAAAAUGUCUUUCUACCAAAUUAAAGAAAGCUUUGAAAACCA